AUGUCUGGUUUUGGGGAAAAGGAGGGCGUUAGGGAAGUGGACCUGGGACCCCAAAAUCGCUUACCGCCAUCAAUAUCGUCGUCCGAGGAAACAGCUACAUAUAAUCACCCAAAUGUGCACCAUGAGGACGCUAUCACACCAGAGGCCGAACGGGAUGUUGUAGCACUUGCGCGCAAGCUCACUAAGAUGUCAACUUCACCCACUGUUAUCGACAACCCGUUCAACUCAACCGAUCCACGAUUGCAACCAAAUUCAGAUCAGUUCAAUGUCAAGAUAUGGGUGAAGACUCUCAUUCAGAUCAUAUCUCGGGACCCUGAAUUAUACCCAAAUAGAACCGCUGGUGUCUCAUUCCGGAAUCUCAGCGCUCAUGGAUUUGGCAGUCAACAGGAUUAUCAAAAGGAUGUAUCCAAUUUGUGGAUGGGAGGAAUAGAUGUUCUUAGAAACAUUGUGGGCGGCGGUAGGCCUGGAGGGAAGAGGGGGGAGCGCAAGAUUCAGAUCUUAAGAGAUUUUGAUGGCUUAGUGAAGAGUGGGGAAAUGUUAGUUGUGUUGGGGCGACCUGGAAGUGGGUGCACAACAUUCUUGAAAACAAUUGCAGGAGAAACACAUGGAUUUUAUCUGGACAGUGAGUCUGAUAUCGAGUAUCAAGGUAUCUCCCAUGAAUUAAUGCACCAUGACUUCCGCGGUGAAGCCAUCUAUAACGCCGAAACCGAUGUACACUUCCCCCACUUAACCGUAGGAGAAACACUCUCCUUCGCAGCCCAAACACGUGCCCCACGAAACCGUUUCCCAGGCGUCACCCGCAAGCAAUAUGCUGAACAUAUGCGAGAUGUCGUUAUGACCGUAUUCGGGAUUUCCCACACCGUCAACACCAAAGUUGGUAACGACUUCAUCCGAGGUGUUAGUGGUGGCGAAAGAAAGAGGGUUUCAAUUGCGGAAGCGGCAUUAAGUGGUAGUCCUUUACAGUGCUGGGACAACAGCACCAGAGGAUUAGACAGUGCCACUGCCUUGGAAUUCGUAAAAACUCUUAGAGUCCAAUCCGAGAUUUCUGGAGCAACGGUUUUGGUUUCUAUGUACCAAGCUUCGCAGAGUGCUUAUGAUUCCUUCGACAAAGUUACUGUUCUUUAUGAGGGUCGACAAAUUUAUUUCGGCAGCACUGAGAACGCUAAGAGAUUCUUCACAGAUAUGGGAUUCCACUGCCCUGAGCGCCAAACAACUGCCGAUUUCCUCACAUCACUUACAUCGCCGAGCGAGCGUCAAGCUAAGCCAGGGUUUGAAAACCGUGUUCCACGUGCCCCGGAUGAAUUCGUUGAGGCAUGGAAAAAGAGUGAUGAGUAUCAGAAACUGCUCCACGAUAUCGCAGCUUACAAGGAGGAGUUUCCGCUCCAUGGGCCUCAGCUUGAUGCCUUCAAGAAAUCUCGUGCGGCUCAACAGGCGAAGCGAAUGAAUGUUCGAUCCCCCUACACUAUUUCAGUACCCAUGCAGAUUAAGCUCUGUAUUGAGCGCGGUUUCCAGAGGCUUAAGGGAGACAUGAGCAACUUUUUCUCCACUGUUUUCGGUAAUCUUAUCAUGGCAUUGAUUCUCGGCAGUGUUUUCUACAACCUUAAGGAAGACACAUCUAGCUUUUACAGUCGGGGUGCAUUGCUUUUCUUUGGUGUUUUAAUGAAUGCUUUCAGCAGCUCUCUGGAAAUUCUUACGCUUUACGCUCAACGUCCUAUCGUCGAAAAACACUCUCAAUAUGCACUCUAUCAUCCAUUCUCCGAGGCUGUCGCAUCUAUGAUUUGUGACCUUCCUUUAAAGAUACUUACUUGUAUUUUCUUUAAUUUGACGCUUUACUUCAUGAGCAAUCUCCGCCGGGAGGUUGAUGCCUUCUUCGUUUUCCUUUUGUUCUCUUUUGCCUGCAUGCUCACCAUGUCUAUGAUGUUCCGCACAAUUGCCGCUGUUUCCAGGACCAUUUACCAGGCACUUGCGCCUGCCUCUUUGUUGAUUCUCAUGCUUGUCAUCUACACCGGUUUUGCUAUUCCCGUGAGAGACAUGGCGGGAUUUAUGCGUUGGCUCAACUAUAUCGAUCCCAUCGGAUAUGCAUUUGAGAGCCUGAUGAUCAACGAGUUUCACGAUAGAGAGCUUCCGUGUGUGGGCUUCAUCCCACAAGGGCCCGGAUACGAGGAGGUUUCUGGCCUUCAAAGAUCUUGCACGACUGCUGGUGCUGUUCCAGGAAGGUCUACAGUCAACGGUGACGCGUAUAUAAACACAGCUUUCAAAUAUUACUACUCUCACCUCUGGCGCAACCUUGGUAUCAUGUUCGCCAUCAUGUUGUUCUUCCUCGCCACCUACUUGAUUGGUACUGAGAAUAUCUCUAGCGCACGUUCAAAGGGUGAAGUUCUUGUCUUCCCCCGUAAGCAACUCAAAAAAAGAGCUGCUCAUGGAGAUAGUGAGGCUGGUACCGUUAGUGGUGCUGUUGCUGGGAGUGAAGCUUCCAAGGCUCCCGCGGCGAUCCACCGACAGACUGACAUCUUCCACUGGAAGGAUGAGGAUUUUGGAUCACGUUGA